AUGAUCACUGACACCCUUCAUUCCCUUCCGCGCGACGACCGUAGUGCGUUCAACCGGCCGACUCCUCUAGCCUACUUUCAGGUCGGCCGUCGUGAGUUACGUCACUUAUCGAUGCUGAGCCCCGAGCACUGUACCUGUGACUUGCACGUGAACUAUUUUAUAGGAAGGCUGACUAGCAAAGUACCCACCGUACUCUUUCUCCCCUCAUCCAAUUUGUGCCGAUGACAAGAAAGUGUCAAGACGACCGGAGGUGUGCUCGGGUACAGUGACUGAAAAAGCUAAACGGUCCGUAUAUGUCUGUCGCACAUGACCUCCUCCCUGCAGAAUGUACCAGAUAUUCACAGAGGGCGUCUCAAAUCUCACGUGCGUAAGAGUGACAAGGAGCCACUGGGCCUGACUCUCAGUCCGCCGUUAAAUCACUCUACAUACACACGAAGUAAUGCCCACGCAGACCUAGCUAUAGCGUCCGUUGGCAACCUUACAAGCCACGAAUUUAAUGCGCACUGCUGUGCGCGAGUAAGGGUGGGCUGUCUUGUUAUUCCCCUUUUCCAUGCAACCAGACUGCUCAAGAGGUGCUUGAAUAGACUUAUUCAAUUCUGUCAGUUGAUCAACCACCAUUGCUUCAGUAGGUGAGACUUGGAUUUAACUCCUGUAUACAUUCAACGUGAGUGGACCGUCCAGACAGCCGUAACACGAAGUUGUAUUUCGCGGCUUAAGACAACCAGAACUUCCUGCUUUCAGUGAAUAAUAAGACCUCGUCUCAGGCAACAGCACACGCUGUUAACUGUGUGCCUCGGUCUGCUGCAUUCGGAUCCACACAGCUGCACGACUCAGGCGAUGGCUAUGGCCGUAGUCAUGGUGGUGGUGGCGUUGUUAGUGCCGUCAUUUUCUUCAAUACAAGGUCGGGCACAGGUUUCGUUGUCCUCACCCCUUCCACCAAGGAGGUGGGUCAGGGCCCCAGGUUGGGAGGUCACGUGUUUCCUGCCCCUCGCGUCUCCACAAACAGCUCGCUCCGAUUGUGUUGUCGCACCGUCGGAACAGCAAUCGGCCCCCGGGGGAGACAGAACAGGACAGCUGACAACUUCGAUCGCCUCCCGGGACAGGCAGAUGGGUGGGCUUAAUGAUGCAAAAGAUAGGAUAGAUGAUAAGCUCAGUGUGAGGGCGCAGCUAGUUAUAAUUCCAUCAAGUAUACUGCAAACAACGCACAUGCGGUCGGUCCGACCAACUGAAUAGUGGCGCCUACGUGCGGCGAGGGGGGCCAUCACCGUCGUCCGUGAAAAACGGGUCAGAGAGAGAGAGGGGGGAGAAAUAUCGGGAGAAGUGAUCGAAUUGGGCAGGUGUACAGGCCUUUGCAGGGGUGGUCAGCUGGAAGAACCGAUCUGUGCUUUUCCUGCCGGCCCGUUACCCAUUACGUUACUGUGAUCUUCAGCUAGGCCUCGUGCGAGAUUGCAAACCCACCACUUUGGCUCCCUCGGGGGAAGGGGUGGAGGGGGUGGGACGCAUGCGUGUUUAUAAGAAUUUUCCCUCGUUUUUGUUAAGCAGGGCGAAAUGUCAUCCUCCAGUUGAAUAAGUAGGGUUGACACCAAAAGAUGGCGGUGAAGUUGCAUUAUACACCUACUACUACUACUACUACUACUACUACUACUACUACUACUACUACUACUACUACUACUACUACUACUACUACUACUACUACUACUACUACUACUACUACUACUACUACUACUACUACUACUACUACUACUACUACUACUACUACUACUACUACUACUGCUACUACUACUACUACUACUACUACUACUACUACUACUACUACUACUACUACUACUACUACUACUACUACUAA